CGGAGAUCGGGACGUAUCUGCCGCGUCGCGUCGCCAACUAUAUUGUUACGCGUAAAUUGAAACUCUCGGUCGUCUGAAAUUUCAGUGUUAUAAAAAUAUCCUAAUUAGAGAGUGGUGUUCUGUGGGAUGGUGACAGAUCCGUCUUUUUGUGAAACUUGAGUGGCACUCGGAUUUUUUUUUGGAUUGAAGUAAGUUGAGAAGUUUCACUUUUUAUCGUCCGUUUUGAAGGAAACUUAAAUGUCCAUUCUUCAACGAUGUAAACACAAAACACAGUGUAAAUAACCACAUAAAUAACUUUUUAUAACCCGGUAUAGCUCCUCAAAGUGUUACCAUAGUAAUAACUGUCGCAUUUCGUUUACGCGAGUGACUUUUGGGCCGUGUGGUGCCGUGUUGUGAUGUUGCGAGGAGCUGUAAAUCUUGAGAGAGCCCAGAGAGCAGUAAGUGCCAACGAUGGGCCGUAAGAGAGAGCUAUACUCGAACAAGAUGCUCCUAACUUUGUAUGUGGCGCUGCUACUUUGGAGGUUCGACUGCGUAGUCGAGAGCACGAAAGUGGUGAAAAGCAGCAUGAGACAUUUAACCACGUCGCCACUCAGUAGAGUGGGGCCUACUGUCUCACUGCGAGACUCGGAGCCUGACUUCGCGGGGCCUAUAGAGAACGUCACGGUUGCUCUAGGCAGGGAGGCUGUCCUAACUUGUUCGGUUACUGACCUCGGGGAUUAUAAGGUGGCGUGGAUCCGAGCAGACGACCAGACAAUUCUCACUCUCCACACUCGGCUGGUGACGCACAGCUCACGGUACGCCGUCACCAACGACUCUCCAAGGUCAUGGCAGCUGCACAUCAGGCCGCUGAAGGUCGAAGACAGAGGCUGCUACAUGUGUCAGAUUAAUACAAGUACCAUGAAGAAGCAAAUUGGAUGCGUUGAUGUCCUAGUACCUCCAAACAUCGUAGACGAGGGGACGAGCGGGGACCUGGUGGCUCGCGAGGGUCAAGAUGUGAGCAUCUCUUGCAAGGCUGAUGGCAGGCCACAUCCCCGCAUCCUGUGGAGACGAGAAGACGGCGCCAACAUUCAACUGAGAAACGAGGCGGGAGAGCUUCGGAAAGUGGACAUGUUUAUGGGGCCAAACCUCAACCUGUCCAAGGUGGAGCGGCGACAAAUGGGCGCAUAUCUCUGCAUAGCAUCAAAUGAUGUACCACCGUCUGUCAGCAAGCGAAUCAUGUUGAGUGUCAACUUUGGGCCUACAGUUAUAGUGGCGACAAAAGUAAUCGGAGUUCCAACAGGUUCUCAGACCAGGCUGGAGUGCUCAGUGGAAGCAUAUCCUCAAGCCAUCAACUAUUGGCUGAAGAGUGGGGAAGAAAUGAUUCUCUCUGGAGAAAAGCACGAGAUAUCAGAAGAGCGGGUAUCACCGUACCAGGUGCGAACGAGGUUGACAGUUACCAAGUUCAGUAGCGAGGAUGCCGGUACAUACACUUGUGUGUCAAGCAAUACUAUGGGCAAGGCAGAAGGAACGAUAAGACUUUAUGAAAUUAAAAUUACGACCACAACGACCACGACGACAACAACCACAACGACUACAACGACCACGACGACCACUCCUGCCACCACCACGACCACGGAGUACACGCCCCCACCACGUUUCGUUAUACCUCUGCAGCCUGCGGAACAAAAAUUCUACACACCUGAUGUUACAACAUACGAUACAAUGCAAAACGUGAUAGAGCAGUCCGUUCUGGACAACAACUGGUUGCCGACUGCCGAUUCUACGAGUUCCAGUAGCGAUCAAGUCUUGCCUCUCCCCACCCUUGCCGUUAUCUCGGUGUUGCCAUACUUAAAAAAUGUAAUAAUUAGUAGUUUUUACGCAUGCGUAACUAUCGCCAAUAACAGGCUAGUUUAUAAAAUUCUAAUAAAUGAUACAAGGUGAUAAGUUUCAUAAGCUUACGUUUAUAAUAAACUUCUGUGAAAAUCAAUUGUCAAUUUUAAAUAGUUUAUUUGUCGAUGACGAUUUGGGUUAAUUUAUCGUUAAUGCGAAUACACUUUAAAUAUAUCGGCAUCAGCUACAUACUUUGUUUCUAAUGGGGUUUACUGUAAGUAUAUAAAAUAGUUGUACUCAUGAAAGUAACAAAAUGUGAUUGAGUUAUAAGUAAACAGAUGAUUGUUAAGGGUAUUAAAGUUUUUCUAAAUUAAGUAUGUAAUUUAUCAACGUGUAAAGAGAGAAUGCUCUCACAGCACGAUAUUUACAGAUUGUAAACAUAAUCGGGAACUUCGUAGUUUAUCGUUUAUUUUAAAUUAAAUUAUAAAAGAAAACCGUUUCCAUUUUUAAAAUCCGAGGGGUGAAAUUCCGAGACCCGCCUACGAACAGUGAAAAUAAUUUUUCAUCACUCUGAUAAUACAUAAUAAGUACCGAUCCACUUAUUUCGUCGGCACAUUUUUUAUGUUUUUCGAAACUGUUGUCUACAAGUAAGGUGAAAGAAUUAUUGGACCACUCGAUUUGAUUGCUACAAAGGUAUCUUAAAGAGCCGCUGGUAAUACCGCAAUGAAAAAAUGCUCUUAGUAAAUUAUAAGUUGGUAGGUACAUCCCUACCUAUAGAGGUAUUCUGAAAAAAACGCCUAUUUUUUUAACAGUGGACGAGAACAUUACUGCUAUAGUCUCCUUCCAGUUCAAGCGUUGUUUCAUGAUUACCAGUGUAAAAAACAAGCAUAACAAGUUAUAUUUACUUCUUAACUUAAUCAUAUGAAAGCAUAUCAAUAAUCUGGUUUAUUGUAUGAUAUUGUAAAUAUUAGGUAUACCUACUAGUCACAGGAGUUAGUUUUUGUAAUCUCAAUUUAAUUCGUAAUACUUAGUAUAAUUUUGCUCCUUAUCUUAUCCAAUCUUUGAUAGACACAUAAAAAUACUAGGUUACUGAUUGGGAGUAUUUUUGACCUCAAUAAGUACAUGUGUACAUGUGUGUUACAUUUAACAGGUGGUAUCUGAAUUCAUGUAUUAAGUCAGAGACUACGCAAAACAGGUAUGAUUUUUUUUUAAAUUGUAUGUAAUUUUAUUUUUAUUUCACUGCUAAGCAUUAUCCUCUCUCCUCCGUUCUUCCACUGUGUCCCAUCUAUACAGGCAUUUCAAAGAAGUGAAAGGCGUCAGAUCGUCUUUCCUUUCCACCGUCUAUUCGGCCUGUCUCCACCUAUACGAUUUCCAUCUAUUGUAGUAAUACGACUUCAAAAACUGCAAUAGUGAAUGUAUUGAGCAGAAGCGAACGCUCAGCGGCUGUGUAAAUAGUCGCUUUUACUGUACAAAAUCGAUAUAUUGAUACAAAGUGUGCUUCCAAACAGUACUGUUAGCAGUUUGUUGUAAUGUAAUGUUCAAAAUAUAAAAAGAAAUAUGCUCCCGGUCAGAAAACUUCUUUUAUCAAACAGAUUACUUUAAUUUAAUUUUAAAUUAAGUAGAUCAAUUUUCUAGAUAGUGAAACGCAGAAUUUGUAUUUGGAAAUUGCCAAUUAUUUUUGCGUAAAAACAACAUGAAUUUUCUUCGUAAAAAAAAAUAUAUUCUUAUACUUUCUUGAUAUAUUUUCUUUAUUACUAUCUUUAUAUAUGACGUACCUUAAUUUACUUCGUAAUACCAAUGGUAGAAUUUAAAUUUUGUUGUUGUAAGCGUUAUUUAGUUUUAGGAACGUGUUAUGUAAAUACAAUAUUGCUGAAUAACUUAGUAAUAAGAAACUUAUGCUAUGUAAUUUACGUACCUAUGUGACAGUUAUUGAUUAGGUACCUGCGA